AUGCCUGCCAAGGGGUACCGUGGCAGCAGCAGUAGGCGCAUCGACGGCGCCGGUGGCACGCAGCAAGCCCCAUCGCCGUCGUCAUAUCCGCAGACACCGAGGAGCAGCGCGGCCGCCGAGUACAGCAGCAGCUACUACCAGACACCGACCUCGAUGACAGGAGCGGCAGAGACAGCUGCAGCAGAGGCAGCAGGGAUGAUCCCUUACAUUAACAGCAGUUACGGGCCGCCUCCUCCAGAUGACGGCAGUCAGCCACACCACACGCACCACCACCUCAGCAGCAACUACAACGCUGCAGCAAUCAUGUACAAUGUCGCACAGACGGGCAAUCAGGCGCCCGCGUAUGAUGCCCAGCAGUUCCGGGCACCACGACAUCGGCACCAUGCAGCCAUGCAGACGAUGCCCGACAUCACGUCAGCAUACCUCGGCGCCGACGUGGCCGGCGGUGCUGGCGGGAGCAGCAACGCGUCGGCGUCCAACUUGCAACAUCAACCGUAUCAGCAACAGCACCAGCAACGGCCGCGACAACGGCCGCAUACUGCCUCGUCUGCAGGGGUCUACCACCAGAAUCCAAACAGCAUGGCUUUUACGGAAGGUAUCCAGCAUCAACCACAAGGAGGUAGGCCGCCCCAGGGAGAUGAGGGCCAAGUGACGGAUGAUGAGGCAGAGUACUCCGAGGAGGAGGAGGUUGCGGAGGUUGCGGAGGUUGCGGAAGGGGGUGGGACCGUCGACGAACACUGGCAAGAGUACCAUCAACAGCUGGUAUCCGUGUUCGAGGAGAUCAUGGGGGGGUCGCUCGAGGCGGCGUCGGAGACUCUGCUGGUCAUUUCCAACUGGCUGUUGCCGCACGUGGCAGAUCUGGGCCUGACUACGGACAACUUUUCCAUCCACGGAGAACGCAUCCAGCUCUGGAACGACUUCAACCACGCCUGGCUCGCCCUGGGUCAACGACAGCUGGACUUGAUGUCCGGGGACGCAAGGGGCCACCAAGCCUCGGGAGAACCGCAGACGCCGCUAUCGCGGGAGAGGCUGUUGGAGCUCGGUGACGAGAUUGUCAGGUUCUGCGACGACCUUGCGCCUCAUGGUCUGGUGGACUACCAGUACGGUGUGUGGGAGGAUCAGAUUACAGAGGUCCUUGGGGAAUGCAUCGAUCUCUACGGUUCGCAAUGA